GAAGAAGAAGAAAAUUAGUCCCACCGGGUUGUCCAAAAUCAAAACAAAUAAUUCCACGUGCGUGAAAAACGUGAAAAAAUUGCAUUUCUAACAUCCAGAAAUGCAUCCUUCACACUUCCCCGGGGAUUCGUAGCAUCUGGCUUUGUGAAAAUGUCCAAAAAGGCAAAGGACAAGAACAAGAAAUAUCAAGCAGCAUCAGAUUUCUCCCUGAAUGACUGUGCAAAUGCUGCUGUACCUGGUGUGAGGAAGAAGAAACCCUUUGGAGAUUGCAAUAACACCAAGAAAUUGAUUCAGUUGGCUGAGGGUGAGAAAUUGGAGGAGGGAACAUCCGAAGAAUUUGACGGGGAGGAAGUUCCUGAGAAUGUGGCGGAAGUGGCAGCAGCAGUGGAGCUUCCGGAAGAGGAUUUCAUUGAUUACUCCUUUGAUGUUUGGUGGUUAAUUUCCGAGCACAUAAUGCCCGAAGAUAUUUCACGUUUUUCCCUCAUUUGCCGCAAGACUGCCACUGUUGUGCGGAUGGUGAAGUUCUGGAUGCACCUCUACCAUCGCUUCUACACGCCCCACAUUGAUCUUCCUGCUCCCCUUCGACCGCACAAGAUGGCAAAGCAGCCGAACAAGAGGAAUGCCGUCAUCCGGACACUUUUCUACACUUACUCCCCAUUCAAUUUGAGCGUAAAUAGACGAGCUGGCAGGGAUCCUGCAUGCCUUGUGGGUCACCGUGUGGCGUCAUCGUGGUUCGUACAGCAACCUGGUGCGAAGCAGCAGUGGAUCUUCAUCUACACCUUCAAACCACGAACAGGAGAAACAAAUCAACGGCGGAAGGAGGCAAAUGCCCAAAAGAAGACGAACCUUGAGGAAAAUAGUCACGUCCUGCUGAUCUCAACGCGCCAAUUUCGCCCCCUGCCCCAUUUCCAUGCCCACGAUGUAUUCCUCAAAGCCCUCACACGACCACUCGCCACGGGGUUCUCCGAAUUUGCGCUCCGGAUGGAAUUUGAGGACUACAAAAGGAGCAUCGUGCACACAAUUACGUACGACAGUGGGGUUUCAGUGCAAGUCAUCGACUGGUUCUCGCCGCUCUACGAGACAACAGUGAAGAAACUCUGUGAUUUUUCUGCGUGUGACGAUCGUGAAGGUACAUUUUUUGCUGAUUAAAUUCGAAGAGAAAAAUGUAAAAAAAGGAACCACAAAUUAAUGUAAAUAAAACUCUUUGACUGA